AUGCCACGCUUAGAAUUACUCGCCGAACUUAAAGGACACACUGAUCGUGUAUGGUCAGUUGCCUGGUCACCUACUAGUAACAUACUCGCCAGUUGUGGAGGAGAUAGAACUGUUCGUCUGUGGGUACCAACAACCUCAGAACUUUCGCAAUGGAACUGUACCAAUGUUCUAGAGGGAGCACACACGAGAACAAUACGAAGUGCUGCGUGGAGUCCUAAUGGACGUUAUUUGGCGACCGCUAGUUUUGACGCCACAACUGGGAUUUGGGAGCGAGACGCAAAUGGAGCUACAUUAGAGGGACAUGAAAAUGAAACAAAAUCCGUAGCGUGGUCUGCUUCUGGUGCACUUGUUGCGACUUGCGGGCGUGAUAAAAGUGUUUGGAUAUGGGAAGUGGAGGCCGAUAAUGAUUUCGAAUGUAUUAGUGUGCAGCAGGAACAUACACAAGAUGUAAAAAUGGUUAUAUGGCAUCCAUCAGAAGAAUUAUUAGCAUCGGCAAGCUACGACGAUACAAUAAAAAUAUGGAAAGAAGAUGAAGAUGAUUGGUAUUGCUCUGAUACGUUGGAAGGACAUGAAAGCACUGUUUGGGCGAUUGAUUUCAACAAGUCUGGUGACUAUUUAGUGUCAGCAUCAGACGACAAGACACUAAAAUUUUGGAAAAAAUGCUCACCUGAUCACGUGGAUGGUAAUGUCGGGAAACAUCGCGUCGAUCCAAAAUGGAAAUGCAUAUACACGUUGAGUGGACAUCACCAACGAUGCAUAUAUUCAGUUUCCAAUGGUAAUAACGAUCAUACGUUUAAUUAUACCAUGGUCGCGUCAAUACCAUCCGCACAUGGUGUUGCUGAUAUUAAUUGUGUACAAUGGCAUACAUCUGAAACACAUAGUAAUUUAUUGGCUAGCGCUGGUGAUGAUGGAAUUAUUUUGAACGAAUACGUAUCUUGA